AUGAGCUAUGGGUCGAGUCCCAGUUGGGAGGGAGAAAAGGUUGACGCAUCCAGUUUCCAGCCAUUUGACCGCACUGUCUCGGUCAUGCGGGAUUUCCUUGAGUAUGAAGUCGAUUUCAAGUGGUCGGCAAAUAUGGGGGAGUGCUCAGGAAACCAUUGUGACAUCAGUGGGGAUAAGAUACCACUUAAAUGGGGAAAAAUCAUUUCGGACAAAACGAAUGCGUCAAUCGAUAUGUAUGAGGCAGGUCCUGACAUCAGCUUUAAGAAGCCUUUCGUGGUGAAGACAAUACGAGAAAGAGACUCUCAGAAGGCCAGGGAAAUGACUGCCACCGAGGUCAAGAACAUGAAAGAUCUUCGUCACCCGCAUGUCACCGCUCUACUGGGCACAUUCACUUAUCAGGCGAGAUUGAGCAUAUUAAUCUUUCCGGCUGCAUGCUGCGAUCUUCACCAAUUUAUGAAACGAAUGUCCAGAGGCUUUGAGAAAGAUUGGGUGGCCUCCCAUUUAGACGGUAGCAGUACUGUUGAUAGCGAGACCGUAAAUUCUAGGCGUCUCCUGGAUACGAACGUCAGUUCUUCGAGCGAACACAAAGAAAAUGAUCCUCAAGAGGUCCACAGCGAACCUUGGCCUCUAAACAUACCUGUCGCGAAAAAAAUCGAAUUGCUACGCGGCUACUUCGUUUGUCUUUCGCAAGCAUUGGGUUAUCUACAUGGCUCGGGUGUUCGACAUAAGGACAUCAAACCGGAGAACAUCCUUAUUGACGAAUCAGGAUCUGUCAUUCUGACUGAUUUCGGCAUAUCCCGACGUUUCCCCAAACACACUCCGCACGCUACGAACAAUGAACGGAAGUUUACAAGAAAGUACGCUUCUCCAGAAAUCAUGAAGGAUAAAGACACCCUCAGGGAUGAUCCUUCCGAUGUCUUCUCACUGGGAUGUGUCUUCCUCGAAAUGGCAACCCUGCUGCACGACAAAAAUCUCAACAAUCUCUCGGACUACUAUGCUACCAUAGUCAACGACUCUGUCAAGGAGGAAGCAUACCACUACAACCUAGGUAGCGUCCAUUCUUGGAUAGAUUAUCUGAGGAUCUCGCGUGGAUUUAAGCCCGUGCAAGAGCACUGGCUACUAGGAGAGAUGAACAAAGUCCAGACUUUUGACCCUAGUCCAGAGAAUCACAUGACAGCGGCGUUGGCCGAUAUUCGACAAAUGCUAGACGAGACUCCUUCGAACCGCCCAGUAUCCAACGGACUGUGGCAACGAUUCCAACACAUUAGCGCAACGAGAUGUAGAGACUGCGAUCCAAGACGACCAGGAGACAUAUGGAAGCCAUCCGCUAGGCAACAAAGAGACGCCCAGACCGGCUUCAACAGGCGCCGGUCCUUACACGCAAUAGAAGAAAGAUAUCCCUUGAGCAAAGAGUUAUCGGUAUCUGGGGACAUUGAUAGCACGACGCUCUCGCCUCAACUCAUCUCUCAAAGAUCUCUACGGAAACCACGGCAAGGAUCAUCCCCGAGCAUCGACCUGCAGAAAUACGGCAGACAUGGCCACAUCAAGACGAGAUCAGAGCCGGAAUCACCGAUGUUGCAAUUGCGUGUGGAUACUCAAGAGGACAGAGCUAAAGCUGCAAGCUCUCCAUCGCCUAGAUUGCGUGUGGUUCAAAAAGAGGGCUUAGUCCCUAAGGAGAUCAGCCCUGAACUCGCUCAAGCAUCAGCGCAUAUUUCGCCAGCAGAUGUCAACCACGAAACUUCUAUAGACAUUGGACGCCAAAUCUCCGAUAACGUAGAACCUACUCCGUCUCUUCCAAAGCCGCAAGCUACAAAGCUUGACUUGUCCAAACCACUAGCCUUUCCACAAGACCAGCAGUCACGAGCACCCAACCAAAGACGAGCCACUGGAGUUGAGGCUCCGGUCUCGGAGCCCAAAGAGUACACUCCACUCCCACAGACACGGAUAAUAGUCUAUGAUGUAUCUCAGACAAUAGCAUUCGAGACGGUCUUUGCUUCUCUGAAAGACCAAGAUCCCAAAAGAUACCCUCUGCCUAGAUUCCGACAAAGAGUCGAGAUCGGAGACAAGGCAGAUCUGAUUGCGAAAGUAGAUCUCAGACAACUGAAGUUGGGAACAAAGAUGCGUCGUUGGAUGGGAAGCUUUGCCUGGAUAUAUGUCCUCAAUAAUGCCGCGCAGCCACUACAGACAGCAAGCAAACUAAGCCCAUGA